AGGUAAUAAGUCAGUCGUUAUGUUGGCUAUAUUAGAAAUAUAGUGAAACAGAACAGAAACGUUGACGAUAGAUAGUUAUUUAAUAAAUUAUAAAUUGAGAAAGAUAAGAUAUUAAUUCGUGAAGUUAGGUAGAGAGAGAGAGAGAGAGAAAGAAAGUGUUUGGUAGUUUGGAGAUAGAGUGAGAGGAGCGUUGAAAAGAAAGUGAGAGAGAGAGACAGUGUUUAGUACAGAAGUGGGCUAAAAAAUAUUGUGAAGAGAGUGAAAUAAACUACUUAGUAAUUAGAGUUUGAGUAAGAGGGGUGUUAAUGAGAGAGAGAGAGAAAAUUACUUUGUAAUUAAGAGUUGUGUAAAAAAGAGAGUUGUAAGGAGAAAGAGAGAGGGGGAAGAAAUACACACAGAUAGUGUGAGAGAAAAAAGUGGUGUGAAAAAGGAAUAGCGAAGGUAGUGGUAUUUAAAGGAAGACAGAAAGAAACAAGUAAGAGGGGAAGUUAACGAAUAACAAGCAGCAGCAGCAAUAAUAAUAAGGCAUGUGAAAUGAUAGAGGAGAGAGAGAAAGAGAGAGAGAGGGUUAUAGAAGAAGAAGAAGAAGUAAAGAAGAGACGACCGCGAAGGAGUGAUGCUGCCAGAUGAACUGUUUUGGCUUUCGAGACAAACGAGAACAAGUUAAACAAACUCUUGAGUUAAUUUAAUGUUGUUCUUUCCCAUCUGGUUGACAUUACAGUUCAACUUUACUCACAUCUGAUGAUAAUGAUUUUAAUUAAUUCAUCAGAAGAAUUAUUUACUUCUGAAACUUAAUAUUUAAUUAACUUCAUAUUAGUUAUAAUAACUGUAAUUAACAUUUUUAUUAUUCUCUGAGUAAUUUUUUUUUUUAGAAAUCUAACCUUUAUUGCAAACUGUCUGUUUUCUUUGUAUCUUUCCUCCCGUUUUGUGUUGUUAUUAAUUUAACACGAUUCUGGUGUGACUUCGGGAGAUUUAUUAAAAAAGAUAAGAAAAACUGGACACUCUUUAAAUUAUUACCAUGUCGCCCGACAACAGUAUACAAGCUUCCAAACCUGUGGUAAAAGAGACAAAAACCAUGAUGAUACAUACAGUAUCUUUACAAGAAAGAUUUGCCGACUAUAUUUCACAAGAAAGAAUGACAAAUGGCUGGGAAAAGAUGGAAACUUCCAAUCGUAUCCCCUACUAUCUCAGUUGUAUGACAGAGCGUACAUCCUGGGACCAUCCACUUUAUUCUAAAAUCAUGGAAGAAUUAAGUGAGUUUAAUAAUAUUCGAUUUGCUGCCUACCGAACUGCAAUGAAGUUACGAUAUCUACAGCAGAAACUGAAUUUGGACUUGGUGCCUAUCGACAAAGUUCGCAAUGUCUUCAAGCAGCAUGGAUGUCCACAAGGUGAAGACCCUUUACUAAACUGCCAUGACCUCAAUGAAAUUCUACGAGACCUUUUUGCCGACUGCCAACAUCCAAGAUUAGACAAGACCACAAAUAUACGCUCAUCCGAUCUCAUUCAGAAUUUCAUAUUAAAUUUAUACGACAGACAAAGAAGAGGUGUAGUCCAUGCUCUGUCUGUGAAAACUGCUCUUGCAGCUAUGUGUGGUGGACAGCUUGGCGAGAAAUACAAAUAUUUUUAUGAAGAAAUCAGUGACCCCAGCACCUUCAUCGACUGCAGUGUGCUGUCCAGUUUUCUUGUGGCUCUCAUGCGGAUUCCUGAUUUAAUUCAUGAAGGAAUUGCAUAUGGCGGUUUAAACUCGACUCCUGCUUUAGAAAGUUGUCUUCAAAUGAGUGAUUGUAAAUAUGGUAUUUCUGAAGACAUGUUCUAUGCCUGGCUUUACAAAGAACCCCAAACAUUGGUCUGGUUGCCAACCCUUCACAGAAUUGUCACUACAGAAUCUGUUAAACAUGAAGUCAAAUGUAGCAUCUGCAAAGAUUUCCCAAUCAUUGGAUUCCGCUAUCGGUGCCUUAAGUGUUUCAAAUUCGAUAUAUGUCAACAAUGUUUCUUCAACGGUAAAACCAAAGGCAAACACAAACUCAAGCAUCCUCUGAAGGAAUUUUGUGCUGUUGCCAGCACCAAACAAGAUAUGAAAGCAUUCCUAAUUACUGUGAGAAACAACUUGAGUAAAAAACACAGGUACAAACGUCGAGUGAAGUACCUACCUGUGGAUAAUUGCAACAGCAGUAUUGGAGGCGGCAGUGACACAAUGUCCACUGCAUCAACUCGGAGGUCGACAAUGUACGAAGAACAGGUUUCUCGGCUUACCACAAGUCAUGCAUCUGAUAGUGCUUCCAGUGCUCCAGCCAGGCUUUGUGAAAUGGAACAUCCAACCAGAGCAAAGCAAAUGUGUUCAAAGUCUUUACAAACUGAUAAUUUGACGGUAGCAGUCAGUGUCCAUAAUAAGGAAAACCGUACACCAUCUCCAACAGAAACAGUAGCUUUGCAACAAGUACAGGAACUCCAGAAGAUUAUUCGAGAUUUGGAGUCUGAAAACCGAAAUCUAUAUCGGCAGUUGGCUGAAAUUCGAGAUAAUGGAACAGAUAGCUGUAGCAGCUUAUCAUAUGGUGAAGACAUUGAAAUGGAGAAAGAAUUGGUUGAAGCUAAAAAGGAAGUUGUGGACGACCAUAAUCUAAGGCUGAAUAAACAGCUGAAUCGAGUUCAUGUCAUGCUGAAGAAUAAUGCAGCAACUGAAAAAUACCAAAAUCCAGUGCUAGCAAAUGGAACUAACCAUAAUAAUUCACCUUUAAAAAAUGGUUACCACUUAAAGAAUGGUUAUAAUCUUGCUAAUGGAUUCCAUAUUCCACAGAAUGGUUUUAAACCACAGACAAUAACUCCAUUUACAAAUGGUUACAAGUCAUAUAAUGGCCUGCAAACCCAAAAUGGUUAUAAACUACCAAAUGGUUUCCUUCAACAAACUAAUCCUCAAAAUGUAUUUCCAAUUCAGAAUGGUUUUCAAACCUCCAAUAAUUACCAGUUCCAAAAUGACCAUUCUUCACAAGGUGGCUUCACUUUACAGAAUGGGUCAGAGCAUCCUGCACUUCUUAAAGAACCACCACCUUAUUCCAACAUGACCAGCGUACCUGAAAUAGACAUUAAUUUUGACCAGUCCACCAUUGACUCAACUCAUAAGUUUGAUGUUUCUUCACCAUGUUCCUCAAUUAUUUCUCCAAGUGAGGCAGAGGAGGAAAUGGACAAAUUGGUGAAAAAAUUGAGAGCAUUUCCACAGAAUCAUUCUUACUCAGCUUGUUCAAUGUCAGAAUUUACAAGAACAAAUGAAGACCUAUUUCAAACUGUUGAUGGAGUAAACACAGCUAUGACCAAUUUAAUGAACCGUGUUGCACCACCUCAGGCAGCAAUAUAAAAACUUCCAUUGUUGGAUGCAGAUGAAGCAGAGGAAAUCACUGAAGCUGUUGGAAUUUUUUUUAAUACUUUGUUUUCUAAAUGGGUUUGUUUAUGAUUGAAUUAGUUCCAAUUAUUCUGUGUUGUCUGCUAUGUUCUCAUUAUUGUAAAGAAGGUGGCAAAAUCGUUUGCACAUCAGACAAAAUUCUUAGUGGCGUUUUAAAUCCCACUGAGGUCAACUCUGCUUGUCAUCCCUUCAGAUUCUAUGAAAAAAAAGUACCAGUUAAGUAUUGGGGUUGGUGUACUUGACUUGCCCCUCCCCUCAAAAAUUGCUAGCCUUGUGCCAGUUGAUAAGUGCAUCUUAUAAUUAUUGUACAUUCAAGUUUUUAUUAAACACCAAUUGUACACUCAAAAGAAAAAGAUUAUUUAACAAACAGCCCUGAAACCCUUAAUUUUAACAUAGUAAGUCACCUUAAUUCAGGUAAAUCAGUGGAUAAUAGCUGUUCACAUGUAUUUAAAAACAAAUUGUAGCCUGAAAGUUUCAUUUCAACACAAAAUCUCUCUUUUCCAAUCUAAGGUUGAUUGUUCAGUGAAUUAUAUUCAUAAAAUGGUUUUUUUGUUAUUGUUUUUUAUCUGGUUAGACAAUCAACCAAUAAAUUUAGAUUAUUUGUUGUCGAUGUGGUCACAUGACUAGUUAAUGCCCUUCCUUUGGCAUCUCUGUGAAAGAGAUUUAAGUGUUUCCAUUGUCAGCUUUCAGUAAGAGAGAAUGUGCAUCGAAGAAGUCUGUCUUUUAGACACAUCUCAGAUACAUAAACAUUUUGUAAAUUCACAUCAAAAUCUCAACAAUUUCAAUUAUAAACAUUUCAUUACAGUAUUGUUUUAUUUCUUUUGUAUCUUUCAGACACAUUUUAAGAACCAUUUUGUACAUAAUUUUCUGAAAGGAAUCUUUUCGCAUAUGUUUGGAUUAACAGGUCAUUCAUUUAUAUGUGCAUCAGCAGAUUAGAUAUUGGUAGAUUAGAGAUGGUCCAAGUCAAUGGAUUACCAAAUAAUUGGGAGGCUGACAGUUUAUAUUCUUUCAGGAUUAAGAGAGAGAUUUAACUCUCAGACAGCAAAGUCCACCUGACUGUGAAUAGGUAUCACAAUUAAUAACAGGUUGUAAAGAGCUCUGUCAAAUUAACAAGUGCUUCUUUUUAGCUAAAACAGUAUUGAGAUAAAUCCUGCUGUGAGUCCAGCCAAACAAGGAAUGACUUCCACAAAGGUGGCUUACUUUUGGGCUGUCUUCAUAACUAAAUAGGUUAUAGGACUUUUGUAGACUAAUGUCAAGUCAAGGCUGGUCAAAUUAAUGUCUCAGUAGAGAUAGUAGUUAGAAGUUUAAGAAUUUGUGACAAGUACAGGUGGCCUACACCAUCUAUAAACAAUUACAAGGAACUUCAGUUCCUACUAUAAACAAAAUGAGGGAGCACUGUAUAUUUCAUGAGUGUUUCACUUGCUUUCAAUUGUUAGUUCUUAUCUCCUCUUUGUUUAUAACUUAGAAAGGUCUAAGUUCUGUAAAACUAACGGCCCUUUAAAUACAGGAUGAUGGCCUCUUCACUGGCAUCCAAUAAGACUUGACCACAAGAUCUAUAAUCAAUAUCUACAUUUUCUGAUGUGAUGUUUGUGCUGUCAGACAAACAAAUCAAACCCUUUUGUUGGCCCUUUUUCUUUUUCUAUUUUCAGAAUCCACUGGGUUUGUUUUCGUCAAGUAGUCUGGUUAGGUUUUUAAAGUUCCAAAUUUAUAUUUGCAAAGUUAUCAAUCAAAAUGCCUUUUGUAUUCAAAUAUCAUUCCAGUCUAUUUGUUUCCAUAUGAGGCCCAAUAAACCAGGCUACAACCAUUUGUUCUUAUUUGUGGCUGGAAGACAAAAAGUUAUUUUGAGAUUCACUUUAAAAGUGAAUAAAGGAAAAUUUCCUUAUUAUAAUUUGUAUUGUUGUUUUGACUCCAGUCAACUCUGAUUCAACAGGACUCUCAUGAAAGCUAUUCCAGUUAUAUCCAUCUCAUCCUUCUCUCAGGUUUUGCACAUCUACAUUAUCUCUGUCCUUUUCUUUUUCAAGAUUUUAGCAUGUAUUUGGUGAGAAAGUUGGCUAUUUUAUUUAGCAGGUUGAGUGACUAUGAAAUGGCUGUUAGGUUGACUUGAUUUCAUUAGACAGAGUCUAACAAAGAAACAUGAUGGUUUUUAAAUAAAUACAAUGUUCUCGAAUAUAGAAAGUUAACAACACGUAUUGUCUAAAUGUACAGAACUUGUUUGUCCAUUUUAAGACAGAACUUUAUUUCGUUUUGAAAAUGUCAUUCAAAUGCUUUCCUUUGUUUCGCACACAUGCUUGUGGCCUAAGCCAGAGCUUCUGCAUUUUGCAUCAAGCCAUGUUCUGAGUUAUUGCUUUGGAAAUAGCAGCUUUCAGUUCAUCAGGUGUGAACAGUUUAUUGAUGGACAUCGUCUUCUAGAAAUAGCUGCAAAUGAAAUAAUCGCAAACCAAAAGAUUAGGCAGUUAAGCCAGCCAUGGCCCCUCAUUGCACUGACAACAUUCCUGUAAUAAUGUACAUGGAAGCUGUGUGGGUGGUCACUUUGUUUUUGUUGACUCACCCCUCUCUCAGUAUGUUGUGUUACUCUGCAUGUUCUCUUCUUUAAAAAAAAAACAUGGAAUUACCACAUGAAAGUUUACUAUGCAACACCACACACUUCAUAUUAACAGUCAAGCAAUUCUCACAAAGUUGUGGAUUGUUGUUUGACUCGGCAGAAGUUUUGCCUUUUUCUAUAACCAGACAUUGAAAUGUACUUUGUCAACGCUUGCCAUCUACUGCCCACUUUGCAGACAUGUCUCCCACAAACUUUUUCUGGUUUUCCCAAUCUUACCAUUUUAUUUCUUGCAACAAACAUAUUCUUAUAAGGACAAACAUUUUAAUGAAUGUGCAAUAAAUUUCACACAACAUUCUGAAAGACUUAACAGUGCCAUGCUUUGCUGCAGAACUAUUACGGCCCAUUUAAUGGCCUUGCUAUUCCUCAUGGUCAGGCAAUAAGGGUUUCCUUUACAAUGCUGACAUGGUCAACCUAAACUUUUCUCCUCAUAAUGAUAUCAAAUUUCAACUGACCGUUUUUCCAUGAGAUCCUACAUCAAAAACACAAACAGAAUUUUCGUUGUGUUUAAGUAACCACUUAAAAAAAAAAAAAACCCCCACCUUCAUCACAAAAUCACAAUGGUGCACAUUCCACUGCAUCACAGCAACUGAAAUAUCAUCCUGCCUGUGUGUUGCUCAGCAUCCUCAAGUAUGUGACCCCGUCCUCUUAAAAACCUUCAUCUUUCUCUGCCAGACUCUAUAAAUGUGUCUUAAGGUUAAUCUAUUGACAAAUAUUCUAAAUGGUUAAAUGUAUCCAAGUUGUUACCACUGAUUUACAAACUCCAAAGCAAGCAGGGUUUAGUUUCAAUCCUCGUGAUUACAAUAAAUAGUCCAGGGGUGUUUGAAAUUGUUAUUUAGCCCUUGGUCAGCAAUGGUUAAAUAAGCCUAUGAUCAAAGGUGUUUCAGCUAUGACCAUCCUGUCUUUUGUGCAAAUAGUAUAUCCAGGACUACAUUAUUGUCUAACGUGUACUAUUUUUAAUGACAGUAAGUAGUGAUUCGAGAGAGGCCUGGCUGCUAUUUCUAGCCGGCCAAGCAACCCAGGUGGGGGAUCUUGUUAAAAAUGGUUGUGAAUGUCAAAUGUGUUGCUGUUGUUUUUUUUUUCCUCCCCCUUUUAUGAUCAUUUGUAAAACAUCAUUUCGUUGAACUGGUUUGCUCUUAAAUGUGAAUGCUUUUAUUUUAUUCAAUUUGUGAAAUAAGUGGGGGUCUCAUACAUUUGUUUGAUAUUAUUGUGUAACGUUGUGUGGUGUCCAGACAAUUGUCACAGUCCACUGGAUUCUGCACUAAUUAAAAACAUUAGCCAGCAGGAAGAUCUUCAACUUGCAACAUCCAUCACAGUGCCACUCUAAACAAUAUAGAAUGGACAAUUUCAUUUCUGUCAAUCCUCUUUCUAACAGAAACCAUUAAACUCGCGAGGCAGCAAGCGGGCAGAAGCGUUAGCACUCCAGGCGAAAUGCUUAGUGGUAUUUCAUCUGUCUUUAUGUUCUGAGUUCAAAUUCCGCCGAGGUCGACUUUGCUUUUCAUCCUUUCGGGGUCAAUUAAAUAACUAUCAGUUACGCACUGGGGUCGAUGUAAUUGACUUGAUCCCCUUGUUUGUCCCCUCUAACCCCUUGUGGGCAAUAAAGAAAUAAGAAACCAUUAAACUUGAAUCAUUGAAGAGACCAUAACUACAUUUUCAAUUCUUAUCUGUGAAGGUUCAAACCUUUCACAUCCAAAUAUCUCAUUGACUUAACACCCAGUAAGUCUAUGAUGCUCCCACUUAUUUCCACCACAAAUAACUGCGAUUGCUGCUUUUUAUGUCGUGUUUAACCUGUUAAUCAUUGUUUUUCUCACUUUAAUUGAGCUCCCUAAUUAACAACUGUUAAUCAAUGACAAACUUUACCUUCUAUAUUACCAGUUACUUCAGAAAAUACCAAAUUUCACAGUUCUGGUGAGAGAACUAAAAAUGGCACUUCAUAUCUCCAUUAUAAUUCUUGUUUCUUGCUUAAUUAAGAAAGAUCUAAUUUGUUGCUCGUUAACUCUUGCCAUAAGUUUUAACAUUGCUGAUAUCUCACCUGAGUUUUAUAUUUUAUCUGAUAUUUCAACAGCAGACAUGGUUUACCAUAUCCAAACUUUGCAGUUUAUUGAAAUGUGGGGCCAAUUCAGAAAGUAUUGAUACAUUUUUGUAACUUUUCAUUCCUUGAGACUAACCUAAAUCACUAAAACUCGUUAACUUUAUCUCCUGAGCAAUUUCCUCAUCAAUCCAAGACUGGAGAAUCGUUCUGACUAUUUUUCUGCAAAAGAAAAAGAAAUAUUGUUUGCUCUGAAAUUUAAUUUUUAUAUCUUUAUUUAUUGUUUCUUCUGUUAUAUUAAUUUAUUCACUAAUGACUUGGAAAAAUUAACAUAAUUUUCUUUUAUGUAGAUUUAGAAAUUACUUUAGAAUUAAGUCAUUCUCUCUCUCACUGUUUUCCUUUGUCAGCCAAGUACUGUCUUAGAAUUUGCCAUUGUUCACACGGUGCCUAUAUACGUCGAUAGAAAUUUAUUGGCCUUCAUUUUACACACAGUCAAUAGCUGUUGAUAAACAUUAAAAUUUGACUUUGUCAUGCAAUUUCUGUAAACCAGAAAAUAGUUUUAUUUUUGUCUGACUUCAGAACGAAGACUGAUUGAUGAGAGGAAAUCACUAUCUAACGAAGGGACCAAUUCUCAUUUAAUAUCUUACAUCAUUGUGCCUUUCUCUCUCUCUCUCUUUUUUUUAAAUAUUACCAUGACAUGAAAAGGUCCAAAUUUCGUUUCUCUUUGCAACGGAACCAACUGGAUUUAUUGCUGCUUUUUAUUAACCAAGAAUGAGUUUGUAUCAAUUUAUAUGUUUUGCCCUCAUUAUUUCUUUUUAAAGUAAUAACAACACUAUUUGGCUUUUGCCAUUACAACUAACCAAGAGGCCAGCAAUUCACAUGUUACAUAGAGAUGUAAAUAGGUAUAACAGGAUACAAGCAACUCGGCACCGUAGGUAGGAGCACUGUCUAAUGGACAAGUGUUUCAAUAGCUUUUUGGCUAAGUUCAACUCUAACCACACAUGUCCAUUGUACCAGAAGUUGUGACCUUCUCAACUCUGAAAAGUUGACUUAAUUUACAACUAAACAAUUAUUGAAUGUGUUUUACAUCUUUUUAACCAUAGAUCUCUCCUAGAAUUAUUAUAAAUCAGUUUUGUAUUCUUUAUUAUCAUUAAUCUGUCAUACUCUGAUUAAGAAAAAUAAGUUUUCACUGAAAUAAUUUCUAAAAGAACAAGAUUAACAUUUUAUCGUCAUAAUAAUAAUUAAUGUUCUUCUGAUUAACAAAACAAUGAAUCCCUAUUUCUUGAGGUUAAUGAAGUCAGUGUUGUCCCUCCUCCUUAAAUUAGUUCCCUGUAUCCAUUCCUACAACACCCAAGCCGAAUGUCCCUCUACAGCUCCCUUAUUUCACUGAAUGCCCCACCCCUCUCCUAUAUAAUUCUCUGUAUCCAUUCAUAAUUAAGACACCCCAAGUCAGCCUACACUUUGCAGUGGAUUUCCCCAAGUGAGGGGACCAGGAUUGUUUCUAAGUCAAUUUAGAAACCAAACUAUUGCCAUUGCGUUUAGCUUUCUGAAAGGUGAAAUUUUCUAAAGUUUAACAUUUGUUUUUUUUCUUUUUUAUUAACCAUUUUUAAAAUUUUUAUUUUAAAUACUAAUAUUCUCUUUUAUAGUAAAAAUUAAUCAGGUAUUUCAGAUAACUGUAGAUUAAAAAUAGCAAUAGCAAUGGCAUUGGAAUAAAAGUGUAAAAUGUUAGGAAAACCGUCCAGAAUCUCUGCACCAACAUUAGUGACUUCCACUCAAGAGGAAGUUUCUUUUAGUGGUAGACAAAAAUCUUCAUUGUUGGGAUAGAGUUGUUAGUUCAAAUAGCACUCCCAUCAGAUUGAUAAACAUAAGCAGCAUUAUAUGGGGGGAGUCAAAGCAGAAGUAAGGUAUUGAGUACACUCUGUCCUCAGUCAUUGUGUGUAAUAUAUAUGUUAGCUCAAGUUCAGUGGUCUGUCUUUACAGCUGAUUGGAUGCUAUUCUACAGACAAAAACUUUCCCAAACCCCAUUGACAACAGGUUUUGGAAUUUAGAUUUAGAGAUUGGCUAAAUUGAUUUGUUUUAAAAGAAUUGAAUUUAGAAUUGUGGCAGGAAUUACAUGAAGGAGAUGAUAUAGAGACAAAAAUGAAGAGAAUUUAGUUUUCUUUGUCAUUAACUUGAAACACAAACAGUAAUUAUAGAAUUUAUGGGGGGGGGGGGCAUGGUUAAAUUCUGAAUAUAAUACAGAAGUUAUUGGAUGGAGAGGAGGAAGUAUGUGGAUUUUUCAUUUUGAUAGAAGUGACUUUAGUUGAGAAUACACAAAGAUUAUGGGUUACCACCAUUGGUUGGAUUUCAGAUCCAACCAAUGCUACUGGGAUGCGUUCUGUUACUUGUACAGAUGCAGGAGCAUCAGCUCUGGCUAUUUGGCCGUGUUGCUCAUCACAGGGGAUCUGGUUUGUGAGGGAACUGCAAACGGGUCACCCGGGUGGACCCAGGAAUAGACCAACAAUGCAUGCCUCGGAUUUGAGCGAAAGUUUUAGACUUUAAUAACAAUAAUUUCUUGUAAAAUAUUUUGGUGGGUCUGAUUUAAUUUUCUCUAAAAAAUGUAAAAGAGGAAACUGCAUGUGUGUGUGAUAACAAACUUUAACCUUCUUUAAUUACAAAGCAGAAGGCCUUGUUUGAUUUGAUGUGGUAUUAAAUUAACCAACAGAAACAGUGAAAUAAUCUCGUAUUUAAUUUUUAAUCCAACUGACCUUAAUGUUGCAUUUUUUUGGUGACUCCAAGAAUCAGAGCUGAAGCUUUAAACUGUCUUCAUUCAUUUAUUUGGUGCUAUAUCAUCAUCGUCUUUUCAUGUAUCAAGUUUUUCCAUGCUGGCAUGGAUUAAACAGGCUGGGGGAGGGAAGGGGGGGGGGUCUUUUUAUCACCAAUCACUUUGCAAUGUAGGCUGGGUGUAUUAUUUUAUUGACUCAACAGCAGUAUUAGACGAGUGAGUUCUGUUCUACCCGGGACUAGAGCCUCCCCCUCCAUCAUGUGUAAAUAUUUAUUCAGGGUUACUGCUUCAAGCUCCCUUCACAUCUGCAGGCAAUUGGAAUUGAACCCUUUCCGUUAACUGUUGGGUUUGUUCAGAGAGCACAACUUUGUAGAUGUUUCUCUGAAAUGUAAAGGAAGGAGUUUUGCUAGCAAGGGAGUUCACAGUGUCAGUCUAAGAAUGCUGAGAUUAAUGUUUGUCUCCAACAACAUAGAGGGUUGGAGUUACCAAGGGAGCCCAGUAAAAAUGACAAGAGCCGACUGCCUCGAGAGUUUGGUUCUCAUUGUUGAUGCUGUGGCCCAAAACAUUUCUCACAGAUUCACUUCAUUUAGCUUUAAAUAAGAAGUACAAACACUGAAGAAUUGAUGAGGGCUUCCUUAUCUAUGUUUAACUCUAUCCAAUGACACUGAGUUCAAAUCCCACCAAGGUCGUCUUUAUCUUACAUCAUUAUAAUGCUCAGUCAAAUACCAGGACUGUUUCUCUCUUGGAAUCCAUUUAAUUGAAGACACCAAAAAUGGAAUAUUCACAUCCAAGACCCAGCUAUCUUGUCACCACUCUAUGAACUCACUCAAAUUGGCCAAAAAAGCAAUCAGCACAACUUUCCUUGUGCAUCUUUUUGAGAAGUCACUUGUCUAUAAAAUAAUUGAGGAAUCAUCUCGGCUUACUACCAUUAUUUAAAUAAGCACCUUUUACAGAUACAAUCAGUGGAUUCUUACUUUCUUUGAUGAUCUUUAAAAAAGAAAAAACAUUGAUAAUUAUUUCGUGAAAGGUAACUUGUUAGAAAUGUAAAAGCUUUUUAGUUUAAUCUGUUUUGAUUCUUGAAGAAGAAAGUGUAAAAAUUAGGCAGAUAUGUGCAUUUUUAGCAAAUUUAAUGUGCCAUUUAUAUAACCUUGGUUUUAUUUUUACUUCUACCAAGAUACCUGUCUGUUUGUUGGCCAGGUAUUUUAUUUCUUACUCCUCUCUUUGAUCAACUUCACUUACUUUCAUAUUACUGCUGCUUAUUUUAUCAAUAUCAAUGGAAUGCUAAGUCAACAAGAUUUAAAAUUGAGGAAUUUACUAACAGUUAGCUAACCACAACCAUUCUCUGUAGACAACUAUUUAUUUGGAUGUUUUUGUUUCAAUUCUGAUGAUUUAAUUAAAAAGGUAAAUAAUGGCAUUCAAACAAUGUCAUAGAUACUAUAUUUUUACAACAGAGAAAUAUCCCCCCCUCUCCUCCACCCACACACACUUGUAUAUAUAUAUGACUUCUUUUGUAUAUUUAACAUUUGUAUAUAGAUGACUACAAAUCGGUUUGAUUAUAUUGCUUCUUUUUUAAACAAUUUGUUAUAGAAAAAUAUUUUAAAACAUUUUUAUGUUAAUCUGAUAUUGUGUAGUUUUUUUUUCUUUGCCCUGUUAAUUGCAUUUUAUGGCUUCAUCCAUUGUAUCAUUAGCCAGCUCAAAGCUGUUUUUGUAUUUGUAGCCAUUUUACUAUUGAUAGCUUAUUAAAGAAUCUUCAUCACGCUUUUAUUACCAUUAUUAGAGCAGAAGGAUGAUAGAAAUUGGAGAAAGACAGCUUAAAUGCCUUGAGGUGUUUAGCUUUAUCUCUUUAUAUUCUAUCUUCAAUUCCUCCAUGAGGCGACUUUACUGUUCGUCCUGGUGGCUGUUGAUUUAAGUUCCAAUAAAGAUCAAUUAAAUCAACACUCCAUCUGCCUAUGUUAAAUAUCAUCAUUAUUAUUUUCUGAAUAAAAACUAUUUCUCUAUAACAUUGACAACUAAA